AUGACCACUCUCCCGACAACGGAGAAGCCCAUGGCCUCCAAGGCCGCUCACCCGGCCUUAUUCAUCGCGAGUUGGAUCUUCUUCUCAAAUCUGACCAUUCUCUUCAACAAAUGGUUGCUUGACACGGCAGGCUUUACCGUCAUUCUCACCUUCUGGCAUCUGGUCUUUUCAACUCUUGCAACCCAGGUGCUGGCGCGCACCACAAGCCUCCUCGAUGGCCGCCACAAGGUCAAGAUGACCGGUCGCGUCUACCUACGCGCCAUCGUCCCCAUCGGUCUGCUGUAUUCGGGCUCCCUCGUCUGCUCCAACCUGGUCUACCUUUACCUAUCCGUCUCCUUCAUUCAGAUGCUCAAGGCCGGCGCGCCCGUCGCCGUUCUCAUCAUUAGCUGGAUCUGGGGCGUCGCGGAACCCUCGAUGAAGACCUUUUACAACGUCCUUCUCAUCGUAGCCGGUGUGGCGCUCGCCUCGUUCGGCGAGAUCGAGUUCUCUUGGAUCGGCUUCAUCUUCCAAAUGGGCGGCAUCGUUUUUGAGGGCAUUCGCCUCGUCAUGAUUCAGGUUUUGCUGAAGGGCGAUGAGAGCGCGCAAAAGAUGGACCCCCUCGUCAGUCUGUACUACUACGCCCCGGUCUGCGCUGUCAUGAACUUUUUCGUUGCCUGGGCCAGCGAGUUCAGCAAGUUCAACGUGGAAGAUCUGCACAGGACGGGCGUCAGCAUGCUCCUCCUCAACGCCGCGGUCGCCUUCAUGCUCAACGUCUCCAGUGUGUUCCUCAUCGGCAAGACCUCAGGCCUGGUCAUGACCCUCACCGGCAUCCUCAAGAACAUCCUUCUCAUCAUCGCCUCCGUCCUCAUCUGGAAGACCAGCAUCACCUUCAUGCAGUUCGUUGGCUACUCGGUCGCGCUCUUCGGCCUCGUCAUUUACUCAACCGGAUGGGAACAGCUGAAGACCUCAGGCCAGGGCGCCUUUGCCAAGGUUCGCGGGGUCUGGAACUCUCAGACUCUCGACGAGGGCCGGCUGUCCCCUCUUGUCCGCCGCGCAAUCUUCUUCGCUCUGCUCGUCUUCAUCACUCUCCUGCUCGUCAUCGGUUUCGCAUACAAGGGCUCAGCGGCGCCGGCGGACUGGUUGAGCAACGUCUCUUCUAGCCGAUAA